ACUUCCCGAACAGGAGGAAGCGGGAUUUCCAGGAAGGAAUUGAACGCACCACACCAGUCGGAACACUCCAGCGGUGGUGAACGGACAAGAUGCAGACUAUAAAAUGUGUGGUAGUGGGUGAUGGUGCUGUGGGGAAAACUUGCCUGCUCAUCUCCUACACAACCAACAAGUUUCCCUCUGAAUACGUACCAACCGUCUUUGAUAACUAUGCUGUGACAGUGAUGAUCGGAGGGGAGCCAUACACCCUUGGACUGUUUGACACUGCAGGUCAGGAGGACUAUGACAGACUGCGACCCCUUAGCUACCCUCAAACCGACGUUUUCCUCGUCUGUUUCUCAGUCGUAUCGCCUUCCUCCUUUGAAAACGUCAGAGAGAAGUGGGUCCCUGAGAUUUCUCACCACUGCCCGCGGACGCCCUUCUUGCUGGUUGGAACUCAGGUGGAUUUAAGAGACGACAGCAACACAAUGGAGAAGCUGGCCAAGAACAAACAACGACCCAUGAGCUCUGAAAGUGGGGAGAAACUGGCGCGAGAGCUCAGAGCUGUCAAAUAUGUGGAGUGCUCAGCUCUGACGCAGAGAGGAUUGAAGAACGUGUUUGAUGAGGCCAUCCUGGCAGCCCUGGAGCCCCCAGACAUCAAACCCAAAAAGCGCUGCCUUCUCCUAUAGAAAUCUUCCGGAAGAUGUGGAAGACGAGAAGCAGAAGAAGAUGGAGGAGGUGGACGAGGAAGAGAUCAAUCCUGUACGGGAACAGAGGGAGGGAGCACCAAGGGGAGGGGUGUAGACACAUGUUUAAACAGUGCCUUCAGCUGUAGUGACCUAACAUGGGUGUGGUGUUAAAACUGACAGCCGCUUUAUUUUCCUAGUAGAUAAGUCACUCUAACAUGGUAAACAUUUAUGAACUACACUCCACACUUAACAAGUAAACAAGAUUUUCUUUUGUUAAUGGGAUGCGAUGAACUGUAAGGCAUGGAUGGAGACAAGCUUACAGCUGGAACUGAAAACCAGCUCCUCAUUUGGAUAAAUAUUUUAGCAAUAAGGCAGUGACGGUCUGCAGGAAAUUAAAGAACUAUAUUAUUAGUGUUUAAACACCUUCCCUUUUAUGUGCCAGCUUUACUUCUCUGUACAUCAAGUUUUAUUUGCAUUCAUUUUCUUUUUCCUUUUUGUUUCUUCUACCAUAGAUCUUUUCUAGCACCAAAAAUGCAUUUUGAAUUCAUAUAUUUAUUCAAAAUAGCAUCCUAAAAGGUUAAUAGAAACACAAUAAGUGCUUUGCUUAUGCCACUGGAAUUCAAGGUAGUUUUUGGAGCAACUUAAAGGCAUUUCUAAUGUUAAAAUCUUUACAUCUACAACUAUGUCUAAGUGAGUUUAAAAAAAACUAAUGUGUUUUCAAACAUAAAAUGUGUUUGGAAAUGUUCAGUUUCAAACACAUUUUAUGUACACUAAAUCUGGUCUUAAAGUAUUGUUCUAUGACGCUUAAGAAUUUAAAACUGAAUAAUAAAUAAUUUACCUUUUAUUCGUACAAAAAAAGAAACUGAAAACCUUGCCCUCAAUCUGAACAAGUUAUCUGGAGUAAUGUAGAAACAUGAUGAGCAGGAUCUGCAGGUUUGUCCACAGAGCAACAAAGAAAAGUUGGUAUCUGACCAAUGUGGAACAAACGCGCAUUUGAGACUUCAAAGGUUCUGAGACAUCUUGAACCGGAUGACUCCAAUCAAACUCAUAUUUACUUUUAAGGCUUCAAUGUUUAAUGAUAAGUCGAUUACAGUUGUUUUUUAGUUUUUAAUAAAAGUGCAAAGAGUAAAGGGUUUGUAUCCUUAGAGAAGAAAGCAAGUUGUGCCUUUCUGUUUUUGCACUCCAGGAAAGAAUGACUAAAACUUUGCUUGAAUACAUUUUAGAUUCUUGGAGGUUUAAAGUGCUCAACAUGUUAGAUAGUCUUAUUGCCUUAACCCAGUCAAACUCCUAAUAGGUGGUUGCUUUAAUCUAAUGGUGGAAAUUACCCUUUUUUAUAUAUAUAAAAAAAUACUUUUUAUCUUUAAGCUGUUUGGUGAGCCAUAAUGUCCAGACAUUUUGCAGCUUUAUUUCAUCGAUCUCAAACAGUUAACACAAAACCACGUAAUGUUUUCUAUUUUGAUUAUUUUGUUCCUCUGGAAAGAUCUCUCUAGUUUUUAGCAGCUGAACGCCUUAAAAAGGACUGAUGUGGUUCAAAUGUUCCUUUGCUGUUUCUUCUGCCAAAGUUCAACUAAAUCAUUGCUUCACAGAUUCCAGGAUGUUGAUCUAGAUGUUAAUAUAAUUAUUAGGAAUUAUCAUUUGAAUUAUUCAUAGAUUUUAUUUUGUUGCUGUUACGCUGCUUUCUUAGCCCAACUUCUUUGAACAAAAUGAAAACUAAAGCUUGUUUUGUUAGCAGAGCUUCACAUUUUCACUCAGCAGUUGUGCUUGUUCAAAAAUUGUUCCUCUGGGGACUAGAUUUUGUUUUGCAUAGAAUGGGAUAAAUGGUGAUGCAUAUUAUUUUAUGGAGUUUCAGUGCUCUCUAGCACUGACUGUCCUGAGCCCAGAAAACUCUUUUAAUCCUUCAGAUGACUGUAUUUUCUAAUGAAAUGAACACAAAAUCCUUUUUUUUUUUAAACCAAUCUGUUGAUGUUGACAUUUUGAUCAGAUAUUGAAUGAAUUAUUAUGAGUAUUAUAUAGAUAUUAUUGCUUCUUAUUGUUUAUUUGGGGACAGUAGUCUUGCAGGGUUUUAGACACUUUAAGUUUUGAUUUCUUCUUUGUGCUUUUUAGAUAUUUUUACAACUACUUGAUGAACACACAGAGUGCCAACAGUUAAGGUAUCGCCCGCUUAGUUUGGCAAACAAAAAGAUCUUUAAUAAGCUUCUGAUGUCAAAAACGAAAGAUAUUUUAAAACAAUACUUGGAGAUUGAAUAUUUGUCAUGCAUUAAAUUUGAAUGUUUGUUGGAAUGGGUGUAUGGAAAUAAUAAAAAUAGUACUUGAAUGUUU